GUAUUUUAAAGCGGGCGAAUGGAGAAGAACGCCCGAAAUAUGUGAGAAUUUCAACUUAAAGUUGUCCAUAGCAAGCCGUGCUGGGGACUGGCAGAAUCGUGUAUUACGUAGAUCCACGCUGCAACGUCUGGGGGCCAUAGAGAGGGCAUAAGAAAAGCGAAACGAAACACGGCUUGGGCCGCGUAUACGUACAUAUACGUGUGCGAUACAUAUAUAUAUAGACACACCUCUACGGACAAGCGUAUCUUCUUCAGUCACCAUCUUGGAUUCAGGGCUACCCAGUGUUACGGAGCUGCCGUAGCCGCCACCGGAACAACCCUUACAGCUCCAUUUCUUCUAUUCUGUUUCCUCCAACCUGUGAAACCCGCCACUUCCUUCCCCGUACAUUCAAUAAUAUGGCUGUGUUUCUGAUAAAUGUAUGCAAGUUCAACGGUUGUGAGAAGAUUUUCCCAAGCUUGACUGAUUUAAUACACCACAUAGAGGAAACACAUAUAGAUGAUUCUCUGGCACCUGAGGUAACGGAAAAGACACAGCCAACAUGUCUUCCUCUCAGCUACGUGCUGCGGUUCGUAACUGAUAACAACCGCCGGGAUGUUGCUGCCGCACCGGUGGCAGUUGCCUCGAAUGGCACCGACAGAAACAACACCACCCUGGCCAACGGCACCAGUCUGCGGUUGACCAAUACGGCCACAUCAAUCAACCAAACGGCGGACCACCACCCGCACGGUACCGCGACAACCAAUUCCAGCACCAUCGCGAAUGGUGGCAACGGUGGCAUGGCGGUUGCUACCACAAACGGUUGCACUACCGACCAGAACGGUACGGUAGCGUCGGGUAGUAGCGGUAGUGGCGCUACCAGUGGUGGAACAGAGCCGACCAAAAAUCACCUCAACCAAACGGUUGGCACAACCGAUCUCAAGCGCAAAAUUGCCAUUAAACAUCACAGCUACAGCAUCGCGGCAUCGAACCGUAGCACAACUCCAACAGGAAGCGAAAUGGAUGACGACGAGAUGAUGGUAUCCGAAUCCGAGGACAGCAACGAUUCCUGGACAACGGAGGAGUUCAGUUCCGAGUUUAUCAUGCGCUACGGAAGCCGACGCCAUUCUGCAUCAGGCGGUGGUAGUGGAAUAAAUUCUUCGAACGAAAAACCGUUCGCCUGUCCGGUGCCGGGCUGCAAAAAGCGUUACAAAAAUGUCAACGGCAUCAAGUACCAUUCGAAGAAUGGUCACAAGAAGGACGGAAAUCGGGUCCGUAAAGCCUUCAAGUGCUACUGUGGAAAGAGCUACAAGACGGCACAGCGGCUGAAAAAUCACAACAUGGUGGUACAUGCAGCGGCCACACGCAACGGGUCGCCGGUCGAUGGGACGAGCCUGGCCGCGGCGGUACCGCUGACAUCGCCGGCUCUACCGUCGGCCACGCUGAUCUCGCCACCGGUCAAAUCUCCUCCGCUGUGCAACGGUAGCAGCAGCCCGGCCGCCAGCACCUCGCUGAGCUCUAGCAGUAGUAUUGUGACGGCAGCCGCUGCCAUCGCCUCUAGUCAAAUCGGUACAAACGCAAACACUACUAACGCUACGUGUACUAGUCCAUCCACACUUACUAUAACGCAGGUAACACACAAGGUGCCACGUGCACUCGUACUGGCGGCAAACGGUGCCGCCGCUACGACACCGAUGACGGUCAGUGCGGCUACGACGGUUGUGGGCGGUACGGCGUCGACGGUUACCGCCGCACCUGUCACGCCGACCAACGUAUUCCCCGUGUCGCCGACCAUCGGCGCAACCAUCACGGCCGGUGUGUCGCCCAACUCCGGUGCGGCCACCUCGGCCGGUGUGUCACCGGUAAAUAUUAAGUACGACAAUCUCGGUAUCCUUACGCCGGCCACCUCGCCGAAGCUGAUUGCUGCCAGCCUUUGCCAGGAGGUGAACCAACCACUGCUCCAGUCAACGGUCGCUUCCGGUACUGGUGGUGGCAAUAAUGGGGCAGCCGCAACCACCGUACUCGGUGGGUUGUCACUCAAAACGGUCAGCGGCAGUAUUGCCGCUGGUGGAACUGGUGGUGGAGGUGGUGGUACCGGUGGUGGUGGUGGUGGUGGUAAUACUACCAACGAGCUGGUUAGCGCUGGCGGUGGUGGUAACGUUGGCAUUGCCCUGGUCGUAUCAUCCACCACCGUCGGGAAUGAGGCAAAGCUAAACGCUACCGGUGGUAACAAUAAGAACGCAGUGCUCUCGGCGUCGGUCACGGCUGGCCAGCUGUACGCCGAAGAGACGUAGCCGAUACUUAAGAAUUUACUGUUGCGAAAGUAUUGACUGGCUAGAAGGGUACCUGUUCUAUUAGUUUUUAAAACCAUUUAAAACAAAUACCGCACAGCUGCUGCUACUUCCACAUAUUUAAUACCACAGACAACUAAAGCACUAGAGGAUAGACGGAAAGUCAACAAGCAGUUUAAAAGAACCCCCUUACCCAAAACCAUCGCGUAAGGAGAGAGGCGUUAGGGUGGCAACCACUAGAAAGGAAGGUAGCCAAAUUCUCACAAAAUUAUCCCCCUCGCCUAGGCGUACGAACGAAUAGUUGAGCGAGAUGUGAGCUGUACGAUAAAAUUACACGUUUGUCGGCGUUUCGUUCUGUUAGCCUUUUUUAAUUUGUUAGUAUACCUUUGCUUUCGUCCUUUAUCUGCGUAAAGACCUUAAAAACGUUGUUUGUUCAAUUGGACUUUGAUUGAAAUUAUAGCUUUUAUUU